AUGUCAUUGUUUUCAAUAUUCAUAAUCGUAUUUGCUUGCAUUCAUAUCGAAGUGUAUGGUGCACGAUGGACUGCUGAACAGGCGAAUGCUUGGUAUGCUGAACAACCCUGGUAUUUCGGUGCGAAUUUUGUACCUUCAACAUCGGUAAAUGAAAUUGAUAUGUGGCAAGCAUUUGACACAGCAACUAUGGAACGUGAAUUAGGAUGGGCAACAGAUAUCAAUAUGAAUAUUAUGCGUGUUUUUCUUCAUGUUCUGUUCUAUCAAGAGAAUCCCGAAGCAUUCUAUCAGAAGAUGGACGCCUUUCUCACUAUCGCUGAUCAACAUCAUAUUAAAAUUGUCUUUGUUCUUUUCGAUGAAUGUUGGCGAGCAGAUCCUGCACUUGGUCCUCAACCAGAUCCUAUUCCAGGUCAACAUAAUUCUCAAUGGGUGCGGUGUCCGGGACAAGCGUGGCUGUUGGAUCGAAGCAAAUGGCCUCUUUUGAAAAAGUACACUGUCGAUGUUCUAACUCGUUUUUCCAACGAUGCACGUGUUGCCUUCUGGGAUCUCUACAAUGAGCCUCAAUGCAGUCAACAAGUACCUAUUGUGUUACCAUUACUUCAUGAGGUGUAUGCUGCUGCUCUCGAAGCUAAUCCAAGCCAACCACUUACUUUCGGUAUUUUACCUGAACCUUUAAAUGUUUCUUUAUCAGUGUUCGAAUUGGAAUCUUCUGACAUCAUUACAUUUCACAGUUACGAACCUUUAAGUGGUACAAUAAAUCAAGUUGCGCAACUCCGUCAAUUCAAUCGGCCAUUGAUCUGCACUGAAUAUAUGGCCCGGUCAGCUGGUAGUACAUUUCAUACCCAUACACGUUUCUUCCGUCAGGAAAAUAUCGGUGCAAUCAAUUGGGGACUCGUUGCUGGUAAAACACAAACAUAUUUUCCAUGGGGAUCACCUGUCAAUGCCUCUACACCUCUUAUAUGGUUUCAUGAUGUAUUCAAUGCUUCUGGUGUACCGUAUUCCACCAUUAUUCGUGUUUCAAUGGCGAAUAGAAAUAAAAAACCGUGUUGUCUCAAUUGCGGUAAAGAACGAGCCAUUUCAAAAUGUACAGGAUGUUCAAAAGAUUAUUGUUACUAUCAUUUGACCGUCCAUCGACGAGAAUUGAAUCGGCAGCUCGAUCACAUCGAGCGUAAUCGCGAUAUUUUCAAACAAAAUCUCAAUGAACAAAUUCGUCGAUACAACCAAGAUUAUUUGAUGAGACAAAUCAAUCAAUGGGAGCAAGAAUCGAUCAAAGCAAUCCAACAAACCGCUAAUGAAUGUCGAGAAGUACUAAUGCAUCAUCGACAGCAAUACUAUGAAAAGAUCAAAAGGAACUUAGAGAAUUUCACUGAACAAGUCAAAGAAAUUCGCGAAGAAAAUGAUUUCAAUGAAGUGGAGGUAAAUAAAUUCAAAGAAAAGUUCAAACAAAUUCAACAACAACUACAUCAACCAAUGAAUCUCACUCUUCACCGCGAAUGUAUUCCACUUGUACAUAAGAUUUCUAUUAUUAUAUCAUCCGGACAAUUCAUCUCGCCGGAUAAUAUCGACAAUUACACGAAAUGGAAAUCGCACGGUUCAACAAUUGCCGGUGGAAAUGGUGGCGACAAUCAAAUGAAUCAACUUUAUUUUCCUCAAGGCAUUUGUAUCGAUACAGAUAACGAUCAUCUGGUUUAUAUAGCUGACUACGAAAACCAUCGUGUCGUUGAAUGGAAGUACGGCAAAACCAGCGGCCGAAUCGUUGCAGGUGGAACGGGUCAAGGCUGUCGAAUAGAUCAGCUGAAUAGUCCGACGGAUGUCAUUAUUGAUAGACGAACAGAUUCAUUGAUCAUCUGUGAUGCUGGAAACCGACGCAUUGUUCAAUGGUCGCGUUUGAAUAUGACAUAUCUGCAGACAUUAGUUCAUGAUAUCGAUUGUAUAGGUUUAACAAUGGACAAUCAUGGAGAUUUGUAUGUAUCGGAUCAUGUUAAGAAUGAAGUGCGACGAUGGAAACAUGGCGAGAUAUGUGGCAAAAUUGUCGCUGGUGGCAAUGGUCGAGGAGACGAACUGAAUCAAUUAAGUUGUGCGACGCACAUAUUUGUCGAUGAUGACUAUUCAGUGUAUGUUUCGGAUUGUAACAACAAUCGUGUGAUGAAAUGGAUGAAAAAUGCUCGAGAAGGAAUUAUCGUUGCGGGUGGAAAUGGUCCGGGAAAUGAAUUAAGUCAACUAUCUCUUCCGCAAGGAAUUUUCGUUGAUCACCUAGGGAAUCUCUAUGUCGCAGAUUCGUUAAAUCAUCGAAUUAUGAGAUGGUUAAAAAAUGCUCAAGAAGGUUGUGUAAUCGUUGGUGGAAAUGGUGAAGGUGACGAAAUGAAUCAAUUCAACUGUACUGUCAGUUUAGCAUUUGAUCAACGGGGAAAUCUUUACGUUGUGGAUUAUAAUAAUCAUCGAGUGCAAAAAUUUGAUAUCGAUUUGAAUUAG